CCCGAACAGCAUCAGACACACAGAGAGGAGAGGGAGAGGGACUUCGGCUGAAGUGCAUGGAACAGGGACCAGGCACAGUGCAAGUGAAGCACAGGUUUGGAAACGAAACUUCAGCCAAGUUCACUCACCUCUCAGAGGCACACUCAGGUCCGGUCACCGUCCACCGUCUGUGCGUAAAAGCGCACAGCCGAAACGACCAUCUACUUCGCGCGCUGCUGGGAGACCUUCCUCCAGUCCUCGACGGUCAGUGGCGAUCUGACACUUUCCCGUCGACCCGGUUCUGCUGAGUAGUGACCAUUCCAAUCCAGAGCUCCGGGUCCCCCAUGAGGCUAGAGGCCGCAGCCAGGAUGGAUCUGAUCAGGAAGCUGUGGAGGGCGAGGAAGCUGAUUCUCGUGGUGCUCAUCCCUCUGUCACUGCUUCCCUUACCGCUCAUCCACCCCACCAGCGAGGCAUGCUGUGCAUAUGUGCUGAUGGUGACCGCAGUCUACUGGGUGUCUGAGGCUGUUCCAUUGGGUGCUGCUGCUCUGGUGCCGGCCUUCCUUUAUCCGCUCUUUGGAGUACUCAAGUCCAGUGAGGUUGCUGCAGAGUACUGUAAAGACACAACCCUGCUACUGAUGGGAGUCAUCUGCCUGGCUGCCUCCAUAGAGAAGUGGAACCUGCACAAACGCAUCGCUCUGCGCAUGGUGAUGAUCGCAGGAGCCAAGCCUGGCAUGUUGGUGCUGGGCUUCAUGUGCUGCACAGUCUUUCUGUCCAUGUGGCUCAGCAACACGUCCACCACAGCCAUGGUGAUGCCCAUAGCUGAGGCGGUCCUGCAGCAGCUGAUCUGCACCGGCCUGGCAGACACUGGGGAUGACUCUGAAACUGUGGAGGCCCCUGAAGAUGACGCCUCUCUUUCAGAAAAAGAAGAGAACCUGGACAAAAACCAGUUAGAGCUGCUUUAUCGCAAUGACAUCAAUGGCUCCACCAAACAGGAGCUCUCUACACUAAGUGAGGAACAGACUGGGGAGGUAAAUGGAGUGGGGCUGAGGGCAAACUAUAACCAGGAGGUCAUCAAACACACAAACGGACACCUGCCACAGAUUGCAAUCGAAAUCCCAAAUGUGAAGCGUGUGAAGGCCAGGAGAGACUCCCAGUAUCCCACCAAGAGGGAUCACAUGAUCUGUAAAUGUCUGUCACUCAGCAUCACAUACGCAGCAACAAUCGGCGGUCUCAUCACCAUCACCGGCACGUCAACCAACCUCAUCUUUGCUGAGCAGUUUAACACUCGUUAUCCAGAUGCAAAGGUGAUAAACUUUGGCACGUGGUUCAUCUUCAGCUUCCCCAUCGCCAUCAUCAUGCUGGUCCUCACCUGGCUCUGGCUGCACUGCCUCUUCCUCGGCUGCAACUUUAGGGAAACAUGCUCAUUGAGUAAGAAACGCAAGACCAGGAGAGAGAUGAUGUCGGAGAAGAGGAUACAAGAGGAGUAUGAAAAACUGGGACCUAUCAGUUACCCAGAGGUGGUGACGGGUGUUUUCUUCAUCCUGAUGACUCUGCUGUGGUUCACCAGAGAGCCUGGUUUCGUGCCCGGCUGGACGUCUCUCUUUGAGAAGAAAGGUUACAGGACUGAUGCCACAGUUUCUGUCCUUCUGGGUUUCCUGCUCUUCCUCAUCCCUGCAAGGCGACCCUUCUCAUCCUCCAACAGCUACAAAUAUGCAGGAGAUGACGACCCUCUGGCUCCAAUGAUCACCUGGAAGGACUUCCAGAGACUGAUGCCGUGGGAGAUCGUCAUCCUGGUGGGAGGUGGCUAUGCACUGGCCGCUGGCUGCAAGGUGUCAGGCCUGUCAGUGUGGAUCGGCAGACAGCUGGAGCCCAUGAGUGGCCUUCCUCCCUGGGCCGUCACCCUGCUGGCCUGCCUGCUGGUGUCAGCAGUCACGGAGUUCGCCUCCAACCCGGCCACUCUCACUGUCUUCCUGCCCAUCCUGUCUGCACUGUCGGAGACUCUGCAAAUCAACCCCCUCCACACUUUGAUCCCGUCCACCAUGUGCGUGUCAUUCGGGGUCAUGCUUCCAGUGGGGAACCCCCCCAACGCCAUCGUCUUCAGUUACGGCCACGUGCAGAUAAGCGACAUGGUAAAAGCAGGGUUUGGGGUGAACCUGAUCGGCGUUGCAGUGGUGAUGUUGGCCAUCUCCACGUGGGGGGUUCCCCUCUUUAACCUGACUGAGUUCCCAGCCUGGGCAGUGGGCAGGAAUGUCACUGGGAUCUUAUAACCACCACUGGGAAGAAAGGGUGAUGAACCAUGAACCACUUGAAAGACUGAAAGAGAGGAAAAGACGGGGCGUCGUUUCUGCAAGGAAAUACAAAAUGAAAAUGUUGUGGCCUGUCAAGAGGACAGCACAGAUUACAGAUUUGAGGAGCCCUUUCUUACUAGAUGCGUUGGAGGAAGAUGGAUGAAGAUUGAUAAAUGUGGGACAGUGGAGAAAAUGAGGGGAGCGAAAACCGUUACAUGUUACUGAAAUAUAAUAGUUGAAAUGAUAUUUUUGUCGGCCAAAGGAGGCGUCAUAAAAAAAUGGAGAAUAUCUUAGUGAAAGUGGCAACUGUGUGGACAUCCACAAAAGCCUUUUUCUUUACCUCUGUUAACAAUGUUAACUGUAGAUACAGUUUUCAAAAAGUCCCUGAAGAUAAUACUAAAAGCUACAAAUGAUUUUUUUGGUGAUCAAUAUCUGAUGUUUAAUGAUCUCAUAGAAAGAAUGAUAAGUUUAGAUGCUGCUCGGCCUCAGAGCCUCUUGAGCCUCGUUUUGCUGCGUGCUGGCUGAACUUCUCCUGCACUUACUGCAUAAUUCUCAAAUCAGAUCUCUUAAAUUACAACACGCUGGGCUGCUGACAAGAAUUUAGAAUUUUAGUUUUGAUGUUUUACUUUGGCUGCGCGCUCAGCUGUGUUAAAGCAUGAGUGAAAAGAGGCUUCUGCUGAGGCUGAACUGAAUACAUUGAGCUGUUUUAAGAAUGACUCACUAUCUAUAUGAGCUGUUUCUAAAAAGAUAAAAGCUUGUGUAUAUUUUGCAUAAUAUUGAAAGAAUGUUCACUGUCUAUGGAUGUUUCCUAGCUUCUACUUGCAUUGCCUUACAAAUCCAGGCCUCUGUAUGUACCAAAGUUUCAAAGCUGAUGCCAUUUUUUCCACAAAGCAGGAUGUGAUACCACGAGUGCCUUCUCCAUAGUAUCGCUGUCAUACUACACUUUAAGCAGGUGUCUAAGCAGGUCUCUCAGUCAUAUUUUUGUACUUGAAUGUACUGUUUUAAGGUAUGCAAAGUUCGUCAUGGGUUUUAUAAUCACUCUGAUGUGUAUUUUGAGACGCACAAAUUAUGGUUGCUUGUGUUUCUGCAAACAUUCUCCCCUUUAGCGGUGCAUUCUUCCACAGCUUCCUUUUCCUCUGAUUGUUGGUUGGAUGCUUUUUUGUUAUAAUGCAAACACCUGAAGACUUCUGGAUUUAAUUAGAGGAAGUUAAAUCUUACAUUUUACUAUUAGAGGUCUUUAAUUAUGCAAAUGUAAUAAUUUUAUGAUGACAGAUUUAUUCUAUUUCGGUCAACAGGUGGAGAACACUUACGUGGUUCAGGAUAAAGAAGCUUAAACAAAAACAUGUCUUUCAUGAAAUAAGUUUCAGUGGCAUGUUAAGAAACAGACGGACCAUGUUUGGUCUUUGUUAAAAACUCUGAGGUGAGACUUUUCUCUUGGCCUGUGAACGCAGAGAGCUUCAAUGAGCAUCCUCACAGUUUGGAGUAACCUCUGUUGAACACAGCAUCCAAAGCCUUAACAGAAGAGCGUCAGAGCGAGGGUUUUAUGGUGUAAUAGCUUGUUCAAUCAACUGUCAAAUCACAUUAACUGUUGUCUGGUGGUGAAAAGGUUUGCACACAAGAUCCAGUGUACUGUGCAGAAAUAUAAAAGAUAUGCUUUAUAUUUUUACACAAAUUUUUAAUGUAAUUUUUGCAUUUUUUAUAUCACUGCAUUACAAGUUUAGGUCUUAGGUUUCAAACAUCUUGAUGGUGUUGCAGCAGUGACCUUUGACCCAAGGGCCACACUCCUUUGUAAAUACACACAUAUUUGUAAUAUAAAGAUGAUGUACUUUUGCCUGUUUCCAGAUGAGCUGUAAUAUUCCUAAAUUAUGCUUGUCUGAUGUUUUAUUCAUAUUCAACUCAAAACCUAGAGGUAGGCGAUACAACGUGAUACAUACACAACAAUAAAACCACUUAAACCCA